UUUUUCUUUAUUUUGCAUCGUCUGAUUUCAUUCUCCUUUUGCUUUCUUCUAUAUCGGCACCGAACCAAAGAAACACAAACGCAGCAAAAGAGAGAGAGCGAUACGUAGAGAGAGAGAGGUUGUGGUAUUGGGUCGUGGAAGAUCACAGUCUCCCUACAAUGUCUGUGAAGAAGAGCUUCUCGGCGGCUGAGAUUACGGAUGAGCAAGGGGAUGAUGAUAGAGACCAACAACAACAACAACUCCACCGAUUUGACCCGGAAGCUGAAGAGAACGAACCAGAGGAUCUACAGGAGGAGGAGACGGUGGUUGACAAGAAAGACGAAGAAGAAGUGAAACGCGACGAAGCGGAGGAGGAUGAGGAAGUAGAAGAAGAAGAAGAAGAAGAAGAAGAAGAUAAGGAAGAUGGUGAUGAAGAUGCAGAAGAGGAGGAAGAAGAAGAAGAAGAAGAAGAUUCUAAGGAGAAAAGUCCAUCAGGAGACAAAUCAGAGUUUAUGGAAAUUGAUCUAGGGGAAAUCCGUAAAGACGUCCAGUGUCCUAUUUGCUUAGGAAUUAUAAAGAAAACAAGGACUGUGAUGGAAUGCCUGCACCGCUUCUGCCGGGAAUGUAUUGAUAAGUCAAUGAGAUUAGGGAACAACGAAUGUCCUGCUUGCAGGAAACAUUGUGCAAGCCGUCGUUCUCUUAGAGACGACCCAAAGUUUGAUGCUCUUAUUGCUGCUUUGUUCACUAAUAUCGACAGCUAUGAGCAAGAGGAAUUCGCUUUUCACGAAGAUGACAAGGCUCGUAACAAGCAGAUUCAAGCAUCUAUAGCUGAAAUAUCACAAAGACAAUCAGAGGCUCUUGUGAAAAGAAAAUCUUUUGGUAAAGAGGCUGCAGUUCUAAUGAGAUCACAGCGUAGGAGGAGAAGGAACUGCAGAAACGCAGUUGACGAGGAUGAUAAUAAUAACGAAGAUAACAUCAACAACAACGGAGGAGGAGAUUCGUCUUCAGAUGAGCGUGGUGCAGAAGUCCGGCUUAGAAAACGUAGGAAACGAUCUGCAAGUCGUUCGACACCGCACCCUUCUUCUUCAGGUGCAAUCAACAACAACAACAACGGUGGUAACUGCGGAGAUAACGACACAGAAGUGUAUCGAGACAAAGGGAUAUCCCCCGGGCUUGUGUGGAAUCCGGAGAUGCUGGCUUGGGGGAGAAGUGCUACAAGGAGUAACCCAAGGCAUGAGAAUAAUACACAGGGAGGUGGUAGUAGUAGUAGUAGUAAGAGUUUGAGGAAUGCUCGUGUGAAUAAACUUGUGGAAUAUCUACGCAGCAACGUAUGUGGAAACAAUGUUGAGGUGGAUAUUCAUCUCAAGCUUGUCUCACUAGAUGCCAAAUGUGUACCAGAUAUACCACAGCCAUAUCUUCGUUGCAGAGCCACCUUGCUUGUGAAACAGCUCCGUGAAUUUGUGGCACUUCAGACGCAUUUGAAGACUGAAGAGGUUGAACUGUUGGUAACAAGAGGAGAAAAUAAGGCAAUUGAGACUCUUCCUGUAGUGGCUUCAGCUUCAGCAUCCAAAGGUGAGCUGCAAAGUCUGGAAGACGAUGAAACAUUGUCAAGGCUCAAAACCGAUUUCAGUUCAAGCCAUGAACAGCAUUUGACCAUAGCUUACAGGCAGAAGCAAACCGAGUGAAGAAACUUGGAGUCUGAAGCACGUACUGCAAAACAACAACGUAUAUAAAGACGGAUCAAGGAUUAUACAUCCCAGUUGUUUUUUGAUUUAAGAAGUUAGAAGAAGAACUCUAUGGAGUUUUUUACAUUUGUGUCUCUUUUUUGCUUACUUCUUGUAGACAAAUGUUUAGUAUUUACGGAGCUAGUUCUUUUUAAGGGAGAGCUUUUUUCUUUUUA